UUUCCAGUAUAAUGGCUUCUGCGUUUCGAAAUAUAUCCUAAACAUCUUAAAGAUCGCAUAAGCCGUGCGCGAAAAACAAAAACAACACUAGCGACAACAUUGAAGUGUUUUUCAUGAGUAACGAAAAACACCCGACGGCCCUAUUUAACAGAAAAGCCUACAAAUGGAAUAAAAUACAGAGACAAUUUAGUGUGGCUUUUUUGUUGCUCCGCCUUCCGUCAGUAUUUUUGCCUUGUUCUACAGUGUAAUACCGAGGCAUAUUUUUCGCGUUCCGAUAUCCCUUACAUGGUGAAGUGUAUGUAAUAUUGGAAUGAUAUACAUUUUUUAAAUCAACAAAAGAUACUCAGUUGCUGAGUGUAUGAUAAUUAAUGAUAAUAUGUUUAAUUCUGUAGCAGACAAAAAAAAACUAUGCGAAUUAUUGAAUCUUGCUCUAAUGAAGAUCUUUGAACGAUAUUGGCUAUUGAACGAUAAUGUUACUUGAUAAGAUGGAUAAAAGAUAAUUAUUUUCAGGUCUUUCCUAUUAUUCACUUUCAAAUGACCGAGGAGGUUAGGACCUUAUUCUGCUAAUUGCUCAUUCAACGCGUUGCUUUCAGUUCUUCUUUUAUUCUCAUGUCAAUAGCUGGCGGUGUGUACACAAAAAGAUAAAAGUUUGUUUAACAAGCCGGCGUUCUAAGUGAUUCUGUUUUGUGAAAAUAAAAUGGUUUGAAUGCGAUUACACAGACAAGCGCAAACUUGUAUUGCGCACGUUACCUCACAUUUCGGUUCUUGUAAUCAGCGCACCUUGCCAUUAAGUUUAUAAAUCAUAAUAGAUCUUUUUCUAUUCAAUAAGCGUCGAAGUUUUUUGAGAAUCGCAUGAUACGCUGUGAAUCGAGUGAUAAUGGAAGCGAAAUCCCUCAAUCAGCAGAAGACAGUUCAAACAAGUAUAGCAGAGAACAAUUCCACUAUCAACAGCUACGAUGAAAAGGCGAAUUAUGACAAUCUCGUCUUUUUUCAACUAGCAAUUUUGUUCCUGACUCUUGUAGCUGGCUUGAUCGGAAAUGGCCUCGUGGUUGGCGUUGUUAUCUCCAAUCGCCAAAUGCGGACACGGACAAACCUUUUUCUGACGCAGCUUGCGAUCACAGGGAUAGGAGUUUGUUUAUUCUGCAUACCAUUCAUGAUAGUAGCGCUCCUCAAACACGGCUGGGUGUUUGGCAAGCCACUGUGUCAGUUCAACGGGUUCGUGGUACCUUUCUGGUUUGCUUCGUCCAUCUUCACGCUUACAGCCAUAAGUAUACACAAGUACUUCUCUAUUGUUAAGCCUUUGAAAAUGAUAAUAACACAAAGACGCUCUCUGAUGAUCAUUCUUGUGGUAUGGGUCUCGGCGCUAGCGUGUUCCAUAGGUCCCAUUUUUGGAUGGACUGAAAUCGUGUACAAAUCAUCAUCAAAUAUGUGUGGUCCUCGAUUUCCGCGCAGUGCAUUGGACAUUUCACAUACGGUCUUUCUGAUAUCCGUGGUCUACACAAUUCCCAUCUUAGCAAUGAUAUUGUUAUAUUGGAGGAUUAUAGAGGCGGUGAAGUUGCAUUGUAGACGGAUCCGUGACACCGCUAUCAUCGAUGAUCGAGGUAUCUUAGCACAGAAAAAGAUUAUUAUCACCCUUUUGUUUGUUUUAGCAGCAUUUGUUGCUUGUUGGACGCCAUUUUUCGCGUACGGAAUCUUGACUCUUUUUGCAGACGCCAGUCAGAUUCCACAACAUUUUUUACGUUUCGCCUACAUCUGCGGAUUUCUGUAUAGCGUGUGUAAUCCUAUCAUAAUAGGCGCGCGAAAUCCGCGCUUUCGAAGAGGGUUUAAGGAACUCAUUACCUUUCAAAGAAUUAGGAGGCCCUCUCUAAGUCCCCACGGUGCGGCAUCCAGCCCACAAAGCUUGAGUGAUAGACGACCAUCGGCUGAUUAUUUAGCUGAGAAAAGAUGCUCAGUGUGGUUUCUUUCAAGUCAAAACUCACUGCUACGUUUGGAACCAGAACUUCCACAAAGACGUCGAAACUUACGAUGGAUUGAAACAUAUCUCUGAAAGGAAGAAUUACAGCCAAAGCUAGACUAAUGUAGUCGUGAGGUAAAAUAGUCCAUUUAGAAGGGUAUAUAUCGCUUGAAUAGACGAGCCCUUUCGUCACUCCAGCCACACGAUGGGUACUUGACUCACAGAUAUAUGCAUAUCAUGUAGGCGCUGCAUUUCAUGAGGAAGUUCAAACCCCUGAACGUCACUGUUUGGGAAAGUUAGAGCCAUCCCCCUGAGGAGACCGCCUCUGCAAGGGUUUGGUAUGGUAACAAAAUAAGUUUGUAGUACUUCCCUAAAAUAUCCUCGAAUGCAUAAGGAAAUACGAUUAGAAUGUAUCCUUGGAGGGGCUUUUCAUUGUACAAUUUAAUUCAUCACUCAUAGGCCAAGAAUCUACAAAAUGUUUGAAGAAGGAGAAUUAAACCACUUGCAACAUGUAUCUUUUGCGUCUUGGGCUUCGUCCAGAUUGAAUUUUGAAUCCAACAGUUUAUUUCCAUUGUGAACGGUAAUUGAAUUGAUGAUUCUUUUGAGGUUUUUCUUCUUAAAUAAGAGACUAAUAUACUAUUUCAGGAUACAUUUGUUAAAUCAGCAGCGCUCUCUAGCACAUUUUUGCAGCAUCAUCAUUACCACCAUCCGUAGUCUUUCUGAUGCACCAUUCUCCAUCAUACAAAACCAGAUGUUUAUCGGGAAUGUUAUAAAAUUAAAGCAAGGUGAACAGAGUUGCAAUCGAGGCUUUACCGAAGUGUCACAAUAGAUACUUGUUGAAUAGGCACAGAGAGUUGCACGACGUAUUAAAUCUUAUCAUGAUUGGAGGUUCAAAGGACUCGAACGUCUGUCAUUUCGGUGGACCAUGAACGCGUCUAACUACAGUCUUGAAGCAUUAAAGUCAUCGUAGACUGAGCUGUAUUACUCAAGGUUGGUGCUUUGCAGCUCCCUAAUUUUUGUUUUAUUUGUGUCGUUGCAAUACAGCCAAGGAAGGUGUAAUUUAAAAGCA